CGAGACUGCUGCGAGCGCGACCCCGUAUGUGAACACUAAAAAUUGUGAAGAAAUUCAAAAGGUGGAUCUUUUACACACUUCAGAAUCAACGCACCAGCUGUUCAUCGGUCGUAAGAAUGUGAACAAGAUAACUAGUGGAGCUUCUCCAUGCACCUACAUCCCUUCCAUUCAGACCUUCUAGAAUGUUCCUGAAGACGGUUCCUCCGGUGUUGGCUAUUCACACAGAAUGGAGAUCCAGUAAAAGCUGCAGCCUGCCUUUGUUUUUCAAUGACAGUGCCUCUGACAGUGACCUUGCCUCUGCUAGUGGCACCCCCCUCCCACAAAAGAUCCAGAUGAUCAUAGAGAGCCUCCACAGCACCCAGUCUUCGGACAUGAGUGAUAACGUGCAGACCGAAAAGGCUGCUCACUCCAGCCAUGAGACUGGCUUCAAGAGUCAAAUGCGAGUCAUGGACAUGUCAGUGAUAUCCCGGCCACAAGGAACAGAAACUAAACUAUGGAAGGACGGGUCUGAUACUGGAGAAGAUUCAGAUAGUGAUGACUCUGUGGACAGGGGUAUUGAGGAGGCGAUCCAGGAGUACUUGAAAGAGAAAGUGGACCAUAAGCGCAAAGGGGAUCCUGUGACAAAUGCAUCCCCAGUGCCCAAACUUCAGCGGAUGGAACAAAGCAUGCCAGACACUGCCAAACAGCAUACACAUUCCAGUAGUGGCAAGGUGCUAACUGCUAGCAAUCAUAUCCAGAAAGUUUCAACUGGUGUGUUGCCCUUAAAGAAGAAAGUAAAAAAGAAAAAGCUAAGCAAAGAAGAUCCCUUUAAAAAAGCAGACACUAGUAAAGUGUUGCCCAUGAAAAUUCCUCCUUCAUCCAGAGGUAAAAAAGGAUCUUCCUCGUCUUCUGAAAUGGACAGAUCUCCACCUCGUCUUGUCAUAAAGGAAGAGGAGGAAUGGCUCGAUUCAAGCAGCGACGAUGGAAUUGAAGAGGAGAUUCAGAGGUUCCAGCAGGAGAAGAAAGAUAAACAGGCAGGUGGAAAAGAUGCCUUGACAUCGCAAAAAAAUGAUGACUCUGUUUCCAGCAGCAAAAAAGGUAUUGAGGAAGCCAUCUGUUCCUUCCAGGAAGAAAAACACCAGCAGAAGAAAAAGAAAAGUCCUCUUAAACCUGUCCAACUUGUGCCUGCACAACGUAGCAAAAUGGACAUUGUUUCUCCUGAAUGCACAAGCAUUCAACCAGUCAAAACAAUGUCCAAGAAGAACAAGAAAAAAUUGACAGCUAAGAAGUCUGCUCACCCUACACCACUGGCCGUAAGCCACUUUUUGAACAAGUGUUCCUCCCAGAACUCCAAAGUUAAAGGGUUUACAGUGUCCCCUACGAACCCCAAGCAAACCCACACGGAACAUCAGUUCAGCACCAGUUUAAAGGUUAAUACUGCUGAACUGUUGUGUGCAGAAGCCAUUUUAGACAUCUCAAAGACAGUCAUGCACGAGGAGUUUGAUUCCAACCUAAGCAUCACUAACAGAAAUUUGCUUCAGACUCCAACUUUCCCACCUAUUGCACCAUCUGAUGAUAAAAGUGAAGACAGCUCUGUUGACAGUGAGGACGGAAUCGAACAGGAGAUAAGGAAUUUUUUGGAGCUGAAAGCAAAGAUGAAUAAAGAGCUGCCAACGACAACCGGCACACCUUCACCAGGUUUAGGAGAUCCUAUGGCAGGUAAAGAGCCCAAGAAAAAGAUGAAGGAAACCCAGCUGAAUAAAGUCACAAGGCUCUCCCUGUCAAGGAAACGUAAAUUCAAAGAGGAGCAAAGUAAACCUUUCAGAGUUGGCGACAUGGUUUGUAACAUUAAAGAGGAGCCAUCUGGGAAACUUCUGGUCCAUAGUGACACCACCAGAUCUCAAAUUUCAUCCGCUGAGCAUUCUACCAUGGCAUCACAUUCAAGCUGUCUAACUGCCGGGAAAAAUAACAAGCCAAAACAGACCUCUCCUUUUCGUAAGAUUACAGAUGGUUUCAUACCCAAAGACAAAGGUUCGAGGUACAGUUCGUCCAGCCCAACUAAUUCUUUAAGGACUUUAGUUGGUUCAGAGAGAAAUGACAGCAGUGACAAAAGCAGCUCAUUGGACAGCGAUGAGGAUCUGGAUGCUGCAAUUAAAGACCUGCUUAAGACAAAGAAAAAGGUGAAAAAGAAAGUGAGGGACAUAAAGGCAAGAAAAGGUGUCAGAACUUUAGAGACAUCGUCUUUGGAUAUGAAACAUAAACCUACGACAGACAAGAAAAGCAUCCCACCUGUUAAGGCUGUAAAAUCAAGCGUUUUAAAAGGUGGCAAAGAAACACUGAACGUUCAAGGUAAAAAUGACAAGGGUCUCAAAAGCAAAACAGUUAAGAGCAAAUCAGAAUUCCAGGAAAGCCUCACACGCACAGACAGAGUCACAGGGAAUGGUGGAUUUCUCAAUGCAAGUACCCCAGAUUGUGACUUACCCUCUUCCAAUCCACGUGCAGAUGACAUUCCAGAUGACGACAGUUCUGUGGACAGCGACGACAGCAUUGAGCAAGAAAUCCAAAGGUUUUUGGCUCAGAGAGCCAAAGUGGCCGCACCUACAGCUGCAAGCAUCAAACAAGAAGAGGAUGUAGGAGAAUCCUUGACCUCAACUGCAGAGUUUGGUGUUAAAUCAGAACAUCAACAGAUUCCAGUCGAAACUCCUCUGUCUGCUUCAGCAGAAGCUUCUGGUAGACUACGGAAUGACGAAGAAUUUUGGGGACAGGAAUCCAUAGUUGCUCAAAGACAAACGGACUCACCUGCUGAAUUCGAUAAGGGACCAGUUCUCACACCAGGCAGCUCUUGCAUAAUGGGUUUCAGGAGGACUGUAAGUCAAAAAUUUGAGAUGUCAACCACGAGAGAUCCCAAAAAUUGCACCUCCUCACUGGAAGGAAAAGAUGUAUUUUCCAAUAAAGCCACUCCAGCAAGUCAUGCCAUCAUAUCCACCUUCUUCCCAACGCCCUCUGUCGGCUCAGGAACACCCCAACACCAGAACCUGUUCCUGAUGAGGCCUGUCAACAACAGUAUGAGCGAAGUUAAGGAUUGUUCCUCAACAGACUGUAAGGAACUUGCCUUCAGCCAUCAGAGUAGAUUAGCUCCUAGGACACCUUUGAAGGACGUCAUCAUCUCUGUUUGUCCCUCACCAGCCUCCAAAACGAAACCUCCCAUGAACUCCCCAACAGAGAACCCUGGGGUCACCACAGGUGACCUCUCGACCCCUAGGAGCAGGACAGAGGGGCUUAACCUACAUAAUCACGUGAAGACUGAAAAAAGGGACAGAUACCUAUCUGAUAAACCACACUUGUCCCCAUCUGUCUCUCACUUGUGCCAGCCCUCAUUUGUACUGCAGCCCCUCCUGGGCAGUAGUGAAAACCAGGUAGAGCGGGACCAAACAGUGCAAAAAGCAAACCCCCUGCAGGUCAGACAAACUGAGACAAGUGAGUCCAAAACAAGUUUAGAAGAAAGACACAGGGAGGGAGGAAGUGAUAGCAAAGAAGAGAAAGUGCAGGCAAGAGAGGAGGAGGAGGAGGAGGAAGAAGAUGAGGAACAUAAAUGUGUUGAUGAGACAGAUGUAGAAUCAGAUGAGGAAAGUAAAGAUCAGAAGGUAAAAGGCAGGAGGAAGCAGCUUCCCAAUCAGUGAGUAAAUACUCAUUCUCUCCAAACACAGACACAUACUGUAUCAGUUGAGGGAACUGUAGUCACCAAAAGCCCAGUAUGUAUCCAUGCUCUUGUUCCAUCCAUCUGAGAUACAAAAGACUUCAUUAUCUGAUUGAGCCUUUCCUUAUUGAUUUGGCCUUUAGGUGGAGCAAAAUUAUGGAUCUUUGCAAUAUUCCCAUUCAUGCUUCAAGCUCAGUAUCCUUUGUAGCCAAAAUAUAAUAUAUUUAAAGGAAGGUUGCAGGUACAAUGCACAGCAAUUGACAGCAUAAUGUUGAUUACCACCAAAAAACUUGAUUCGUUCCUAAUUAAAAAAAAAAAAAAAAAGCAAAAAUGGUUGUUACAGUAAGGCACUGCAAAGAAGUCAAUGGAAAGGACGAGGCGAGAACCGGCUUGUCAAUAUAAAUAAUAUUUUUAAUGAUAAACUUAAAAAGACAAAACACACACAUGACCGGACAUGUCCGUAAACUAUCCAUCUCUCCCACACAAUCCUCCACAGUUGGCCUUUAUCCCUCUCAGAGGCUUGAUUAGCCUGAUAAGGGACCGGGUGUGUAUAAUCACGACCCGGUCCUGCCCUCCGCCCUGCCACAGGCACUUACAAUGGAAUUGAAUGGGACCAGUCUAUAAACAUUGAAAUGCACAUUUUUACAAGUGUAUAGCUACUAGACGCAAACAUUACACCUGGGGAUUUAAGUGUGAUUAAAUCUUUGUUCUACAUUAUUUCAGAGUAAUAAAAUCACGUACUGGGAUUACAGGGUUUACAGGCGUUACGUUGUCAUGACAAAAGUUGUAAUUUUGGAGAUCACCAUACGCAAAUAAGGCCAGUAUAUUUCAUCACACUACAAUAAUGUUUACACAUACAGUGUUUAUAUCUUGUGGCUAUACUUUUGAAACGGUAUGUAUUUUUAUGUUUAUGGACUGACCACAUUCACUUCCAAGUGUCUUACUGUAACUGCUUUUUUUCCAAAAACAAGUUGAAAUACAUUUUUGCUGUAAUCAACAUUAUACCAUAAAUGCUGUCGAUUGUGCUUAACUUGUAUUGAACCCAGAACAUUUCUUUAAGCGUUAGUUGUGUUUUACUCUUAUAGCAUUAGCCUGACGGACUGCAAUAGACCUGCGGCAUCACAUCUCACAUUUCAGAGUUUCUAUCUUUCUGUAAUAUGUUUGGGAUCGUCACAUAGAACUCUGAGCGUACCACAUUCUUUUUUGUAUGUUUGUACAUUUUAUAAAUAUAUUUAAGAGCGGACAUGAUGUCAUAAAUAAAGAUUAAAACUUUGUUUUAUUAUUGUAUUUUCUCUGCAGCAGCUGCAACAUUUCUGCUUUUCAAAUUUACAAAGUUUGCUUUACAACUUUUUUAGACGCAUAUUGUUUUGAUAUUGUCUUAUUCUGGACUAUGAAACGUAACUGCAAUGAUUAACUAGCCUAAAGGUGAAAAGAUUACAAUAUUGUCGGUGAGUUUACAUUUGUAUUUUCCUGGGAUCGCAUAUUCACCCCAUGCAGUAGGGACGUUUUUGCAGAAACAUGACGAAAAGUUAAAUAAAACACUCAUUGUAUCUUAAACGACGAAAAUGUUUGAAGGACUGCAGAAUGUAAAACCCAAGAGAAUGAAAUUGUUUUUGUGUGCACCAAUGUAUACUCAUCUAUUAUCAGGAACUGAAAGUAGUUAUUCUUGUAUUCAACGAUUUUCAAGUCAUGAACCGAAACAUUGUUGUCAGAAAUGUUUGCAGUAUGUUCCAGAUGGGUGAUUCAGACUCCAUCCAGAAUAGCACAUUAUCUUGACCUCUGAGAGGGCGGUCUGAGUCACCUAUCGGUAACAAAAUCUGUCCUGAAGCAUUUAAAAUGUGGAAAAUAUCAGUGCAGAAGUGAAUGACUAAGAAAUAAAGGGCCUCGUUCAAGAAAUGUAAGACGAACAAAUUUCUGCGUAAAUUGCUCAAAACUAUUCUUAAGCGAAUUGUUGCAUUUAAUUUAAUGUUUCGCUUUACCUAAGAAUGUGUAAGAAAACAGCCAUUUAUUUGGUAUAAAAUGAAAUAUUUUUUACAGAAAAACGCUGUCAAGCUACAAUUAUCGUUAUCCUUGCCAUUUGUAAAUUUUCAAUCACUAACUUACUCUCAGCAAUCCAAUAAUUGCUCACCAUACAACACAUUUCUGUGAUGUUCGCUUUUCUUUAUAUUCUUGUACGUAUGUAUGUUUGUCUUCAUAACCAGGUUUUCUUCUAACCACUGGACUUUGAGAUGAUGAGCCAGUUUACAUGCGCACCAAUACGCUGAUAGAUCCUAAAAAUCAGCUUAGUUUAAAAAAUCAGACAAAGCAAGAAACCCGCGAUUGCAUGAUAUUUGAAAUAAAUGAGUUAUUCUCUGACGUCAAACCAUGAAGAGGCAUGCUUACAUUAAAUAAGCCACUAAGAAUGCUGGUAAAUGCAACGCAAAAUCGGGGUAAUGGGCAAACAUCUACCUGUGUCGAUCUGUUUAUUUUUACGCUGUUUUUGAACUUUUGAACCGAUAAAGGAAAGCCAUUUUAUGCAUUUACAUGACCACACAUGUUAUCGGCUUAUUAAGCAUAAUCGUGUAAAAACGUGCUUAUUUUGAGAUUGAAAGAAUAGAAGUCUCUUGUUGUCUCAAAGGUCAGCAGAUAUUUGCAUACUUAACAAUACCCAUUAUUCAUAGGUCACACCCUCUCUCUCUCUCUCACUCUCUCUCUCUCUCUGCACCAGUUUUUUUAGUCUCUGUUUCUGUUGCUUAUCAUAUGUAAUUUGUCUCUGAUGUGAAAAGAAUGUUAUUUAUUUUUGUUUUAUAGAAGACAAGAACGUUAAAAAAUUACUCAUGCUGACUAUGCUGGGCAUUGCCAGUUUUCAUAGAUAUUUUGCAAAAAUGAAACAAAGGAUUUUUUUGUCCCCUGCUCUGCACAGAGAAAAGAAACUCGAACUGUAUGUCUUAAGAUGUAUAAUAAAAAUGGACUUUGAGACACCAGGCUGAAUGAGUCUUCCGUGUGUGUGUGUGUGUGUGUGUGUAAAGUGCAUUGAAGUGUGAAUGUUUGUAAUCUGUAUCUUAUAAUGAGCUUCCUUUGGCAUAGAUGUCUCAAAAACCGAAGGGUUUGGUGGUUGAUCAUUAUCUAUAAAUCUAGCUCCCUUUCAGUUUAUAAAGAAAAAUACUCCAAAACUG